CGAUACCCUCCUGCCGCUUUGAUUUCGGGCACCUCCACCAGAUAAUUGGGAAGGGUUUCCAGAAGGUGGGAAAUGUCACCUGAUUCACACUGAACUUUUAAAAGCUCCCCACCCCCAAGGAGCCGCGCACACCCUCGCUCGAGGCCGCCCUCCCACUGCCCCACACACUGGGAGACCGCCCACCGCAAACCGCGGAGACCCCCGUCUAGAUUUAAAGCGCGGCUGCGCCCGGCUUCUGACGUCCAUUGAAUCGCGCGGGCGGCCGGCGGCGAGCGCGGGGUUGCGCCGGGAUCGCUGCGCCCUCCGCCGCUCGCCUCUGCGACGCGCGCCGCUCGCCGGAACCACUCGCCGCCGCGCCUGCUCCCCGCACCGUCGCGCUCCUCGUCCCGCGCCAGACCCCAGAAUGGUCCGUCCCAGGCACCAGCCCGGCGGGCUAUGCCUCCUGCUGCUGCUGCUCUGCCAGUUCAUGGAGGACCGCAGCGCCCAGGCUGGGAAUUGCUGGCUCCGCCAAGCAAAAAACGGCCGCUGCCAGGUCCUGUAUAAAACCGAACUGACCAAGGAGGAGUGCUGCAGCACCGGCCGCCUGAGCACCUCCUGGACCGAGGAGGACGUAAAUGACAACACACUUUUCAAGUGGAUGAUUUUCAAUGGAGGUGCCCCCAACUGCAUCCCAUGUAAAGAAACGUGCGAGAACGUGGACUGUGGGCCCGGGAAAAAAUGCCGAAUGAACAAGAAGAACAAACCCCGCUGCGUCUGCGCCCCGGAUUGUUCUAACAUCACCUGGAAAGGCCCAGUCUGUGGGCUGGAUGGGAAAACCUACCGCAACGAAUGUGCUCUCCUCAAGGCCAGAUGUAAAGAGCAGCCGGAACUGGAAGUCCAGUACCAAGGCAAAUGUAAAAAGACCUGUCGGGAUGUUUUCUGUCCAGGCAGCUCCACAUGUGUGGUGGACCAGACUAAUAAUGCCUACUGUGUGACAUGUAACCGCAUUUGCCCAGAGCCCACCUCCUCAGAACAGUAUCUCUGUGGGAAUGAUGGAGUGACCUACUCCAGUGCCUGUCACCUGAGAAAGGCUACCUGCCUACUGGGCAGAUCUAUUGGAUUGGCCUAUGAGGGAAAGUGUAUCAAAGCAAAGUCCUGUGAAGACAUCCAGUGCACUGGUGGAAAAAAGUGCUUAUGGGAUUUCAAGGUUGGCAGAGGCCGUUGUUCCCUCUGCGAUGAGCUGUGCCCUGAGAGUAAGUCUGAGGAGCCUGUCUGUGCCAGUGACAAUGCCACCUACGCCAGUGAAUGUGCCAUGAAGGAAGCGGCCUGUUCCUCAGGUGUGCUGCUGGAAGUAAAGCAUUCUGGAUCUUGCAACUGAAUCUGCCCGUAAAACCUGAGCCAUUGAUUCUUCAGAACUUUCUGCAGUUUUUGACUUCAUAGAUAAUGUUUUUAAAAAACAUUUUUUUAAAACUUAAUGCAUAACAGCAGAUGCCAAAAAGCAAAAAAAAAAAAAAUCUUACUGCAAGUCACAUAAAAAUGCAACGCUGUAAUAUGGCUAUUUCAGAGGGCUUUGAAAACAUACACUGAGCUGCUUCUGCGCUGUUGUUGUCCGUAUUUAAACAGCAGCUCCCCUGUAUUCCCCCAUCUAGCCAUUUCAGAAGACACCGAGGAGGAGGAGGAAGAUGAAGACCAGGACUACAGCUUUCCUAUAUCUUCUAUUCUAGAGUGGUAAACCCUCCACCAAUUUUCAGUGUUGACAUAGCCUUUGGGCAAAAAAAAAAAAAAAAAGAAAAAGAAAAAAGAAAAAAAAAGAAAGAAAGAGAAAAAAGAAAAAUAUAUAUUGUCCAUACUGUAAAUAAGUGUAUGCUUAUUUAUUUGGGGGGAAAAGUAUACAUAAAGGACCUUUGUCCUAAAGCUCUCUCCCAGGCCACCUUGUUACUCAUUGGACCCGGAGAGGCAGUCAUUGUGAGGUCUACUGGAUGAGGCCCAUAGUUGAGACUUGUAGACAUUUAUUUAUACUGUGUCAUGUUUUAUAAUUUAUACAUAAAAUGUCUGGUUGACUGUACACCUUGUUUUUGAAGAAAUUUAUUCGUGAAAGGAAGAGCAGUUGUUAUUUAUUGUGAGGUCUCUUGCUUGUAAAGUAAAAGCUUUUUUUUUUCCUUGUAAACCAUUUAAGUCCAUUCCUUAUUAUUCACUCACUCAUCUGUCUCCCUUCAUUUCACUGUUAGACUCUUUUCCAUUUUAACAAACUUGCAUGUCAGUUUCUGUCAUGUUUAUUUAUUGGAUUCUUCGCUGCCUGUUCUGUACAUAUAUGAUCCCUCGGGUUUUGUUUACAAGGAAUCUUGACUGACCAAAAGGCAUUAUAACUGACUCAAAUAGAAGGUACAGAGGAUACAUCUUGAGGAAACUCCUACUCUGUUCUCUUGUGAUGAAGACAUUUGUGAGAGAGGGGCUGACUGCAUUUCUAGUAAUGUACUUUUAAGAUGUUGCAGAUCCAAAGAUAUGGGUGUCAGGGGCCUGAAGGAAGGGGAUUGCUACAUAUUCAACCUUUUGUUAGGUGUUUCCUUUAAGCUAGUCUGCUGUACCUUUUAAAUUAGUUAUUUUCACCUAGCGUGUCAUGAAAAACUAUAUCAAAGCUUUAUCAGUUCAAGUUUCUUGCUUUUCAUAACACUUUUUUCUGAUGCAAUUUUAUAUUUUCAAACAUGGCAAGUUAAAUAUAAAUUCAUUUAAAUAUAUAGUUUUGUACUUUUCUACCAUGUAAAUGUGCAAUGUAUAUAAAAGUUAUAAUGUGUAUUUGUAAAUAAAUGAUGAGUGAAAAAAUAAAAAAAUUUUAAAAAGCCA